GCGGCCGGCCGGCCGGCAUGGCGCUCUUCCACGUCGCGCGGUACGCCGGCCCUGAGGCGGCCGGGGCGGAGGCCGACGCGGACGGCCGGGCUCGCGCGCUGCUGCAGCGGCUGCAGUGCCGGGCUCGAGAGCGGGAGCUGCAGAUGCAGCCGCUGCAGCAGGAGCCCGCGGGGUCCGCGGAGCCCGCACAGGCGGCGGGGAAGCGGCGGCGGCGGCCGCGCAGAACGCGGAGGCGCGAGGGCGGUGGGGCGCCGGCGAGCCCGGGCGAGCCGAGCGGCAAGCGGCGGAGAGCGGACGGCGAGGACGCGGGCGCAGAGAGCAGCGAGGAGGCGCCGGAGGAGAGCAGCGUGGCCGCGGACGCAGCACGGCCGCCGGAGGGCCCAGGCGGCCCGCUCCCCGAAGAGGCCCCUGGGCCCCCAGCCCAGGCCCUGGUGCUCGGGGACUUCGGGAGGAGCAGGGCGCCAAAGGUCCAGCCAUUCCUGCCGGUGUGGCUGGCUGAACCAAGCUGCGUUGGAAAGAAUGUCACGGAAGGCCUGGUGCCUAUCGAGGACAUCCCUGAAGUGCACCCGGACCUGCAGAAGAAGCUGCGGGCACAGGGCAUCUCGUCCUACUUUCCAGUCCAGGCAGCGGUGAUCCCCGCGCUCCUGGAGAGCGCAGCCGGCGGGUUCCUGGUGAGCAGAGGCGGCUACUGGCCCAGCGACCUCUGUGUUUCCGCCCCGACGGGCAGCGGGAAGACCCUGGCCUUUGUCAUCCCUGUGGUACAGGCCCUGCUGCCCCGAGCCGUGUGCCAGGUCCGCGCCCUGGCCGUGCUGCCAACCAAGGAGCUGGCCCAGCAGGUAAGCAAAGUGUUCAACGUCUACACAGACGCCACCUCCCUGCGGGUCGCCCUGGUCACCGGGCAGAAGUCGCUGGCCAAGGAGCAGGAGAGCCUGGUACAGAAGACAGCAGACGGCUUCCGCUGCCUGGCCGACAUCGUGGUGGCCACACCCGGCCGCCUGGUGGACCACAUCGACCAAACCCCAGGAUUCAGCCUCCAGCACCUCCGCUUCCUGGUCAUCGACGAGGCUGACCGGAUGAUCGACAGCAUGCACCAGUCCUGGCUGCCACGGGUGGUGGCGGCGGCCUUCCCCAGCGGGGGCACCAGGGGCCCCUCUGCUCUGCUGCAGAGAACGCGGCCCCAGGCUGUGACCGCAGCCAGGUACCUGGCCCUGCGCCACGCUUCACACCCAGGAGAGCAGCCCUGGGCCCAGGUCCCUCCCACUGCCCCCGUCUUUGAGACACCCCCACACACACUGGGUGGGCUGGCUGGGCUGCUUCCCCAGCACCCCCUCUCUUUCAGCAUCUGCUGUCCCCAGACGCCACUGCAGAAACUGCUCUUCUCGGCCACCCUGACCCAGAACCCCGAAAAGCUGCAGCAGCUCGGCCUCUUCCAGCCCCGGCUCUUCUCCACGGGGCCGGUGCGCGGGGGCCUCAGAGCCCCUGACGUGGACGUGGAUGGGGACUUGGGUGGGAAGUACCUCUUCCCUGCGGGGCUCGCGCAUCACUACGUGCCCUGCAGCCUCCGCUCCAAACCGCUGGUCGUCCUGCACCUGAUCCUGGAAAUGAAGUUCUCAAGGGUCCUCUGUUUCACCAACUCCCGCGAGAACGCCCACAGGCUGUUCCUGCUGGUCCAGGCUUUCGGGGGAGUGGCCGUGGCCGAGUUCUCCUCUCGCUACGGGCCUGGUCAGAGGAAGAUGAUCUUGAAGCAGUUUGAGCAGGGGAAGAUUCAGCUCCUCGUCAGCACCGACGCCACGGCCCGCGGCAUCGAUGUGCAGGGUGUGCAGCUGGUGCUGAACUACGACGCCCCCCAGUACCUGCGGACCUACGUGCACCGGGUCGGCAGAACCGCCCGCGCUGGGAAGACCGGACAGGCCUUCACGCUGCUCCUCAAAGUGCAGGAGAGGCGAUUCCUCCGGAUGCUGGCUGAAGGUGGGGUUCCGGGGCUGCAGCGGCACGACACCCCCAGCGAGCUCCUGCAGCCGCUGGUUCCGCGGUACGAGGAGGCCUUGUCCCAGCUGGAGAGGGCGGUCAAGGAGGAGCAGAAGCAGAAGGCGGCCUAGGCCAGGGCUGUGGGUGGACCUUGAGGGGUCCGUCCCUUUCUGGUGGGGUCUCCACCUUUCUGGAAACACCUGAGCGCUGGCUGCUGGACUUGGGAGCAAAUCACAGGGAUUCCUCCUUGGAAAGGGCUCUGUCCCCAAGCUUGCCGCCUCAGCCAGGCCCCUGGACCCGUGCGUUCAUCGCCCCACCAGACCCGCCAGGGGACCGUUGAGGACGCACAAGGUCAGCCUCCACUCGGGGCUUUUCUGGAAAUGAGGUUUUAGUGAACCGGUUGAAACUGCCUCAGAACUGACUGGAUGGCGUCUGUCGUGUGUUUGGCUGAAAGGUGGGGGCUGGCCUCGGGGUAACUCUGGGUUCAGUGCUUCGGGGCAUGAGCCCCACUCCCGUGUGUGAGGUGGUGGUGCCAGGCCCCAGCUGGGGACCCGCUGGCCCUGGGCAGCCGACCCGGGAAGGAACUGUUCCUCACGAGGUGUCACAGAUCAGGAUUGCACUGUGGUCACCGACGCUUUGCUUCACGACUCGUCACCGCGGGAGACAAGCUCGGAGUGAGAUGGGCUCCAUCACGUGAACAGAAAACGAGCUUCAGGGCGCUGACCGCUGUGGAUGAGAAAGCCUCGUUUCCAAAACUCACGUGGUGGCAUUAAAACAAACGUAGAAUCGGAGUGGACUGAGGUUCUUCGUCUCUGCCUAAAGGUGCAUCACCUGCGUCAGCAGAGUGACAAUCGACACACCGGCCCUCACGUCCUGUGUGCUGGCUGUCACCCGAGGGGAUGCGUGGUGCAGGUGUGCGUCAUGUGGGCGAGACCUGGCACGCUGGGUGCGUGCCGGGGUCCAAGGCCUGGGGCCCUGAGGGACAGUGCAGGGCAGGGUUCGACGCUGAGAUGUGCGUGUUCAGGAUUCCCAGCUCCAGGUACUUACCUGCAAGGGGCACUGCUGAGGGGGCUCUGGGCGCCACCACCCUGCGUGGCACAGCCUGGAACAGCGUGGGAAGAACUGGAAGGGCAGGUGCAGAGAGUGUGAGUGGCUUGACCCCCACGCUGGCACACGGGUGCAGGUGGCCUCAGCUGUGUGUGGGUCCCAGACCCAUCCUCAAGUUACUGUAACUGUGGUUCUGGGGUGAAAGGAAAAUGUCUUGAUGCAACUGUGAGGUACACUUGUGUAAGUAUAGGCCAUGCCACCCACUUCCACGACAGGUAAUGAAACCCGGGAACUUUAACCUCGUCGUUAACAACUUCAGGCUCCUCCAGGGCCCAGUCACUCUGCCUCAGGUAAGCUCGUAACGGGGCAGAGUGUUUCUUAAAAGCUAAGCCAGCCAUCAUGUUCCCUCGAAGGUGCUGCAGGAGAGUAUUUCUCUAAUCCUGGGAGAGUGAAAACUUCCCUGAUAAGCAUGACAGGAAACCCAGAUGCCACAAAGGAAAACACGAAGGUCAAAAGACAAAACACAGUCGGGGAAGGUACGUGCGGGAUGUGACUUACAGCCUCAGAGGAGCACCACCCCUAACAGCGAAGAGCUUCUCCCAGCCAGUCGGAAAGCAGCUUACAGGGAAACUGGGAGGAACAGGCGGCCUCUACAGGGGCAGGAAGCCCUGCCACCCGCUCGCUCGGCUGGCAAAGCUUCACAUAGCAGAGGGCCCCUGCGCGUGGCCGAGAGCAAUGUAAGCGGCUGUAACUUCCUGGGAAAUAACCCUGUCAGCACCAACUAAGAUUUUAAAUGUACACAUCCCCUGACCCAUUCUCCCAAUUUAGUUCCCACUAAUGGGAAUCUAGCCUACAGAAGGCAAGUGCUGGGAACCACGUAUAAAAAUGCUCAUGACUCGCAGCAGCAGAAGUCGGACACAAGGUGAAACCCGUCUGUGGGGAAUAAUCGAAUAAACACGGUAUCUGCUCACUGUGGACAAUUAUGCAGCCGUAAAAAUAUUGUGGUUUUUUUUUUUUUUUAAUCUAUCUCCUGACUUGAGUAGACGUUGAAGACCUGUUGCUAAGUGAAGGGGAAAAAAAAGUGGGGUUGGGGGUGGGAUAAAUAGGACUGAGGAGGCCAGGAGAGAAAGGAAUUCUUAUUUUUCUGUGUUGUUUGAAUUCUUAUGAGGAUGUAUUUUAUAAUAUUUAAAAACUAACUCGAAAAUAUGCCAAUUCCAAGGUACAAAAAAAUUUACUUUGGCAAAUCAAAGUUUUCCUGACUACCUUGAGAUCUGAAGAAGUCAAAGAAAUUAGCCAGUAGCAGGGCGGGACGCACAGCUCAGUGGUAGAGCAGGGACUGGGCGUGAAUGAGGUCCGGGUUCAAUUCCCAGUGCCUCCGUUUAGGGGAAAAAAGCCAGAAACGAGUAUGUAACCUCUGGCAGUUGCGAUGAAACGAACCUCUGUGCCUUCUCACUGCUGCACCUGGGGGAGGGCUCCCCAUUCCAGGUUUACAGCUCUGCUUUGUCCACUUACCAGCAUCGCUCUGUGCCUCUGAGAUAAGUGUGGUGAUUUUGUCCAGGAAAACGGGACCUUUAGCAGGGGCUGGGUUUUCCUUCUUAAAAUGCCUCAGCACCGUCACACUGUGCCAACCACAUUCCUUCACCAGUCUCUGCCACGUGGUGGGGUCCCCAAAACUUUUAGGGGACCAAGAAUCACUUUAAAAUGUUUUGUUCUACAUAAAUGCAAAACAGAAACAGACUCACAGACAUAGAAUACAAACUUGUGGUUGCCAAGGGGGCACGGGGUGGGAAGGGACAGGCUGGGAUUUCAAAAUGUAGAAUAGAUAAACAAGAUUAUACUGUAUAGCACAGGGAAAUGUAUAUAAGAUCCUGUGGUAGCUCACAGGGAAAAAAAUGCGACAAUGAAUAUAUGUAUGUUCAUGUGUACCUGAAAAAUUGUGCUCUACACUGGAAUUUGACAACGUUGUAAAAUGACUAUAACUCAAUAAAAAAAGUUUAAAAAAAUAAA